CGGCGAGCCGCGGGGAUGGGGCGGCCGCGGGAGCCCGAGCGCGCGCAGGAGCCGCCGCCGCCCGCGUCUCACUCGCCGCGCGCCUGAGCCGCUGUCGCCGCCGCGCGCCCUGCCCGGGGGCUGCCCCCCCUCGCCACAGCCCCAUGGAGGUCUCCCGGAGGAAGGCACCGCCGCGCCCCCCGCGCCCCGCCGGGCUGCUGCCCCUGCUUGCCUAUCUGCUGGCGCUCGCGGCGCCCGGCCGGGGCGCGGACGAGCCCGUGUGGCGGUCGGAGCAAGCUAUCGGAGCCAUCGCGGUGAGCCGGGAGGACGGCGUGUUCGUGGCGAGCGGCAGCUGCCUAGACCAGCUGGACUACAGCCUGGAGCACAGGCUCUCGCGCCUAUACCGGGACCAAGCGGGCAACUGCUCGGAGCCCGUCCCGCUGACGCCCCCCGCGCGGCCCCGGCCGGGCAGCAGCUUCAGCAAGCUGCUGCUCCCCUACCGCGAGGGGGCGGCCGGCCUCGAGGGGCUGCUGCUCACCGGCUGGACCUUCGACCGGGGCGCCUGCGAGGUGCGACCCCUGGGCAAUCUGAGCCGCAGCUCCCUCCGCAACGGCACCGAAGUGGUGUCCUGUCACCCGCAGGGCUCGACGGCCGGCGUGGUGUACUACGCGAACGACACCCAGAGCUGGUACCUGGCGGUGGCCGCCACCUAUGUGCUGCCCGAGUCCGAGACGGCGAGCCGCUGCAACCCCGCGGCGUCCGACCGCGAAACGGCCAUCGCGCUCAAGGACACGGGGAAGCGCAGCCUGGCCACGAAGGAGACGGGACGCCUCAAGCUGCGCGACGGCGGGGGUAGCCUGCACUUUGUGGACGCCUUUCUCUGGAACGGCAGCGUCUACUUCCCCUAUUACCCCUACAACUACUCGAGAGGCGCCGCUACCGGCUGGCCCAGCAUGGCGCGCAUCGCCAAGAGCUCCGAGAUGCUCCUGUUCCAGGGCCAGGCGGCCCUCCACUGCGGCCACGGCCGCCGCCUGCUGCUCUCCUCCAGCCUGGUGGAGGCCCUGGACGUCUGGGCGGGCGUGUUCAGCGCAGCCACCGGAGAGGACCAGGAGAAGCGCUCGCCCACCACCACCGCACUCUGCCUCUUCAGGAUGAGUGAGAUCCAGGCGCGCACCAAGAUCUGCCGCUGGGACUUCGAGAUCGAUAACAACGAGAACAACUGCAAAAACGAGGAUGAACCUGAAAGAGUCGAACCAAUCGCAUCAUCUACUUUGAUCCAUUCCGACCUGACAUCCGUUUAUGGCACCGUGGUAAUGAACAGGACUGUUUUAUUCUUGGGGACUGGAGAUGGCCAGUUACUUAAGGUUAUUCUUGGUGAAAAUUUGGCCUCGAAUUGUCCAGAGGUUAUCUAUGAAAUCAAAGAAGAAACACCUGUUUUCUACAAACUUGUUCCUCAUCCUAAGAAGAAUAUCUACAUCUAUCUAACAGCUGGAAAAGAGGUGAGGAGAAUUCGUGUUGCGAACUGCGGUAAACAUAAAUCCUGUUGGGAGUGUUUAGCAGCAACAGACCCUCACUGCGGUUGGUGCCAUUCGCUACAAAGGUGUACUUUUAAAGAAGACUGUGAGCAUUUAAAUAAUUCAGAAAACUGGCUGGAUAUUUUAUCUGGAGCUAAAAAGUGCCCUCAAAUUCACCUAUUUCGAAGCAGUAAAGAUAAGACAACAGUGACGGUGGUGGGAAGCUUCUCUCCAAGGCACUCAGAGUGCGUGGUGAAGAACGUGGACACGGGCAGGAUGCUCUGCAAGGGUAAGAGCGUGCACAAUGAGACCUGCACCUGCAACAUCCCGACCAGAACAACUUACAAAGAUGUUUUAGUUGUCAACGUGACGUUCUCAUUCGGCUCCUGGCGUGUGUCAAAGAGAUUCAACUUUACCAACUGCUCAUCGUUAAGAGAAUGUCCAGGAUGUAUCGGAACUGGCUGUGCUUGGUGUAAAAGUGAGAGAAAAUGCAUCCACCCCUUCACAGCUUGCGACCCUUCAGAUUACAAGAGGAACCAGGACCUUUGUCCAGUGGCUUUUCAGAAAGGGACACCACCCAAAACAGCAGGAGGAGGAAGAUUCAAGGAGAAUAUGAGUAACAGAACCACUUGGGGCUUGCAGGUCUUCUCUGUUAAGUCCAUUGAGCCACAGAAAAUAUCGACCUUAGGGAAAAGUAAUGUGAUCGUCACGGGAGCAAACUUUACCCAGGCAUCGAACAUCACAAUGAUCCUGGAAGGAACCAGUACUUGUGAUAAGGAUGUGAUACAGGUUAGCCACGUGCUAAAUGACACCCAUAUGCAAUUCUCUCUUCCAUCGAGCCGAAAAGAAAUGAAGGAUGUGUGUAUCCAGUUUGAUGGCGGGAACUGUGCUUCGGUGGGACCCUUGUCUUAUAUUGCUCUGCCCCACUGCUCGCUCAUAUAUCCUGCUACCACCUGGAUCAGCGGUGGUCAAAAUAUAACCAUCAUGGGCAGAAAUUUUGAUGUAAUUGACAACUUAAUCUUUUCUCACGAGGUAAAAGGAAAUGUCUCUGAAUAUUGUAUGGCAAAUUACUGCAGAUUUUUAGCCCCCAAUUUAAAGAGUUCAAAAGGGCCUACAAAUGUCACUGUGAAGCUCAGAGUCCAGGAGACCGCCUUGGAUUGUGGAAGCUUGCAGUACCUUGAUGACCCCAGAUUCACAGGGUAUCGAGCUGAGUCUGAGGUGGACACAGAAUUGGAAGUAAAAAUUCAAAAAGAAAAUGAUAACUUCAACAUUUCCAAGGAAGACAUUGAAAUUACUCUCUUCUAUGGAAACAAUAAAUCAUUAAAUUGCAGCUUUGAAAAUAUUACUAGAAAUCAAGAUCUUACCACCAUCUUUUGCAAAAUUAAACACAUCACUGCUGCAAACAGCAUCGCCACCUCUUCUAAGAAAGUUCACGUCAAGCUGGGAAACCUGAAGCUCUCUGUCGAACGGGAAUCAGUUCUUUCCACCUGGUAUUUUCUGAUUGGGCUUCCCAUCUUGCUAGUGUUUGUCAUUUUUGUGGCCGUGGGGGUGACCAGGCACAAAUCGAAGGAGCUGAGUCGCAAACAGAGCCAACAGUUGGAGCUCCUUGAGAGCGAGCUCCGGAAAGAGAUACGUGAUGGCUUUGCUGAGCUGCAGAUGGAUAAAUUGGAUGUGGUUGAUAGUUUUGGAACUGUUCCCUUCCUUGACUACAAACAUUUUGCUCUGAGAACUUUCUUCCCUGAGUCAGGUGGCUUUACCCACAUCUUCACUGAAGAUAUGCAUAACAGAGAUGCCAGCGACAAGAAUGAAAGUCUCACAGCUUUGGAUGCCCUAAUUUGUAAUAAAAGUUUCCUUGUUACUGUUAUCCACACUCUUGAAAAGCAGAAGAACUUUUCAGUGAAGGACAGGUGUCUGUUUGCUUCCUUCUUAACCAUUGCCCUGCAAACCAAGCUGGUCUACCUAACCAGCAUCCUGGAGGUGCUGACCAGGGACUUGAUGGAGCAGUGCAGUAACAUGCAGCCUAAACUCAUGCUAAGACGCACAGAGUCCGUGGUGGAGAAACUCCUCACAAACUGGAUGUCUGUCUGCCUCUCUGGUUUCCUGCGGGAGACUGUUGGGGAGCCAUUCUAUUUAUUGGUGACAACUCUGAACCAAAAAAUAAACAAGGGCCCCGUCGACGUAAUCACUUGCAAAGCGCUGUACACCCUUAAUGAGGACUGGCUGUUGUGGCAAGUUCCAGAAUUCAGUACUGUGGCAUUAACUGUCACCUUUGAAAAAAUCCCAGAAAAUGAGAGUGCAGAUGUCUGUCGGAACAUAUCAGUCAAUGUUCUGGAUUGCGAUACCAUAGGUCAAGCCAAAGAAAAGAUUUUCCAAGCAUUCCUAAGCAAAAAUGGCUCUCCUUAUGGACUUCAACUGAAUGAAAUAGGACUUGAGCUUCAAGUGGGCACACGACACAAAGAACUUCUGGAUAUUGACAGCUCCUCUGUGAUUCUUGAAGACGGGAUCACCAAGCUCAAUACCAUUGGCCACUACGAGAUAUCAAAUGGAUCCACUAUAAAAGUCUUUAAGAAGAUAGCAAAUUUUACUUCAGAUGUGGAAUACUCAGAAGAUCACUGCCACUUGAUUUUACCAGAUUCGGAAGCGUUCCAAGAUGUGCAGGGAAAGAGACAUCGAGGGAAGCACAAGUUCAAAGUAAAAGAAAUGUAUCUGACAAAGCUGCUGUCCACCAAGGUGGCAAUUCACUCUGUGCUUGAAAAACUUUUUAGAAGCAUUUGGAGUUUACCCAACAGCAGAGCCCCGUUUGCUAUAAAAUACUUUUUUGACUUUUUGGAUGCCCAGGCUGAAAACAAAAAAAUCACAGAUCCUGAUGUUGUACAUAUUUGGAAAACAAACAGCCUUCCUCUUCGCUUCUGGGUAAACAUCCUGAAGAACCCUCAGUUUGUCUUUGACAUUAAGAAGACACCACACAUAGACGGCUGUCUGUCAGUGAUCGCCCAGGCAUUCAUGGACGCGUUUUCCCUCACGGAGCAGCAACUUGGGAAGGAAGCACCAACUAAUAAACUUCUCUAUGCCAAGGAUAUCCCAACCUACAAAGAGGAAGUAAAGUCUUAUUACAAAGCAAUCAGGGAUUUGCCUCCUUUGUCAUCUUCAGAGAUGGAAGAAUUCUUAACUCAGGAAUCUAAGAAACAUGAAAAUGAAUUUAAUGAAGAAGUGGCCUUGACAGAAAUCUACAAAUACAUCAUAAAAUAUUUUGAUGAGAUUCUAAAUAAACUAGAAAGAGAACGAGGGCUGGAAGAAGCUCAGAAACAACUCUUGCAUGUAAAAGUCUUAUUUGAUGAAAAGAAGAAAUGCAAGUGGAUGUAAGCACUCUGGGGCCUGGCUUAAUCUGGUAAAGUUCUUCAGAUGACUUGGGAGCAAAAUGGCUGCUUGAGCUACUCUGUGUUGUGAAUUUCAGUUUGCACAUAGGUUCCACUUUGAGCACUGUCUUUUUUAAGAGACCAAGGCACAUGCACAGCUUUUAGAAAGCAUAUCAACCAGUGUGCCUGUGUGUGUACUGUGGGAACCCUUCUGUAAAUAGAGCUGAAGUGGUUGUUGCAAACAGCCUCCUUGUUUACAGAGAAUACAGGGCCAGUAAGCAAGGGUCAGUAUUGUUUAACUACACUCUCCACUUAAGCACAAUGAUAUAAGUGGUUUUGUUUGAAAACUACAGCUAUGUAGCACUUGUGACUACACUGCACCUCUGCAGACAAGGGACAUUGCUAAUGAUCAAAACAAAAUGUGAAAUGAGUCAUUUGGAAACAAGGUGGGGGUGUGAGGGCAACCUCGAGGAUUUGCAGCAUUGAGACUUUUCCCCAGUAGUUCUUGGAAAAGCUGACCGCAGAAUUUGGUAGUGUGUACACUUAGCAUUUGUGAGUGUGUGUGUGUGUGUGUUUUUAAACCAAAAACUAACAGUGUUGCAACAUUGUUGAAAGGGCUCGUGUUUUUCAGUGGUCACCGACUGUACUCCAUCAAACUCACCUCCAUUUCACUAGAGAGCUCUAAAGCAAGGAGGGGGAGUAGGCGUCGUUAAAACGUGACAGCAUCUUACCCAGACACUUUAAAGUACCUACCUUUUCUUCAUUUUAUUUUUCCAUAUUAAAUGUAUUCAAUAGUAGACGUGUUGGCUAUUGUAAAAAAAAAAAAAUCAUUAGCUUACUUCUAAGAACUUUGAUCAGAACUAUCAAUGGAAGAGUAACUCCGUCCCCUAAUCCUACAUUUCUAUACUACUAUCUCCUUGCUUUAGACUUCUGGUGAACCCUGUGGUUAUAAAUACUUGUGUGUGAUUUAAAAAAAUACAUUUUACAUUUCAUGAAAUUGCUGUUCACACUGGAGUAUUAUAUAUGAAUAUAUAUAUAUUUGAGGCCCAUGGCCUGAAAAAUAUUAGUAUACAACUUGGUAUCUUAGUCUUACUAUGUACUUUUUGAAAGUAUUCCUCACAAGAGAAAGAGUUAAGAAUACCUGUUUUAUUCAUGCCUUUUUUUAAAAAAGAAUUCCCUAUCUAGUUAUAUUGUAGUCUUUUUAUUGCUGAUUUUUUAUUCCUGAAUUUUUGCUGCUCAUGACCAAUUUUAAUACCACUGUGUUUUCCUUCUAUUAAACCAGAAGUAAAAAGUUUAAUUGGCAACUCUUAAACUUUCUUUGUGGCACCUUUACCCUUGGUGCUCCAAAUCCCAGAUUAAGGAAAGGAAAAUUUUCAAGUAGCAAAUAAAACAUUGAUCAUACAUUCCUUAUAAUCACUUACAACAAUCUAUGAGAUAGCAGGAUUUAGAAGUCCAUUUGUCUUAAAUGAAUGCAGCUCUUUUUGCUUCUCACUAUCUGGUGAAGAGUGAGAGAUGAGACCUCAACAAACUGAUCAGAGAAAAUAAGCAUUUUAUUGCCCUAUAGGCGCCUUCCCAGUCCUGUCACUUCUGACCACUGUCUUUCCAAUGGACACACCUCAAAAAUCCUGCCACAGAGAUUCUUUAUGAGAAAGGUCUCGUCCCCCUCUAAGGCUGCUGCAGUCUUGAUGUGAAGGCAUUCAUAGGAGAACAGCAGGAGAGUUGAGAGCCAAGGGUAGGAGAGUUGCCCAAAAGACUUCCCCUCUUUAGGGUACAGAAAUGCUAAGAAAUCUCAAAGGAUCAGCUACAGCUUUAUCUCAGUAUUUAGUAAAUGCUACAUGAGGGUGUCCCUGUCCGGCUCUCUGGCACAUGAAUCCUGCGUGGAGAUUUACCUCCUUUUCCAGGGACUGUGCUGCUGGGAAGUUUGGGCAAGUCACUUACCUCUUUGUGCCUCAAUUUCUGUAUAAUAUUUCUAACCUACCUCACUGAGGUGGUGUGAAGAUUCACUAAUGUGUGUAGCGUGUCUGUCAAUCCUCCAGUGAAAAGCACUAUCUGGAUCACAUUUUGGAUCACGUUAGCCAAACGCAGUACAUGGCCAAAUUAGAUGUGUGCUGAAGACAAUCAGUCACUGGGUCUACAUUAAACAGCAACCAGAGAAACAAAUGGCAAACAAUUUCUAUUUUCAAGUUUCUUUGCAUAUUUUUUUGGUGCAAAACCAUUUAUAAACUUUUCUUUUUUCUAACACUAGUGUCUACAGCAGCAUUUAAAAACUAAUUCUAUUACUUUUUUCUGUAUUAGGGAUUUAAAGUCUAUUUCUUAUUGUAUACCUGAUUGAAGCAGUUCUUGGAGAUGAAUGUUUUAAAUGUCUAUAUCCAAAAAUAAACAUUUUGAUGUAAA